AAUAUACCUAUUCAAAGUACAUCGCGACACUUUCAUACUUCACAUCAUCAUUACAAUGUUACUUCACGAUCUUGAUGAGGAUGUCCUCGGCCUCAUUGUGUCUUACCUUAGUCCCAUUCGCCAGGAUGUUGUAAAUCUAGCUCUUGCAUGUCGGUCAUUCUAUCCCAUCACCAAAUAUCCCGAGCAUAUUUCCGUCACCUGCCCGUCAGCUCAAUAUCUGGCCCUCACAAACAUUUUCAUUGAAGACCCCUCUUAUGGCCAUAAAAUGCUAUCCUUACACCUCCGUGUCGACGCACCAAAGUGCACCAUCCGGCGAUCCACCAUAGACGCUUUCUUCCAGCGGGUGCCCAACCUACGGACCUUAAGGCUCGAAGCAGACGUUAAACCACACUACACAAACCUCCUCCUAUCUCCCAAUCUCUCAUUCCAAAACACGCUCCAAACUUUACACCUCACCGACUCAUCGCUUACCGUCCAGGAAAUCCUCAACCUCCUAUCCCUCCCCAAACUCCGCCAUCUUAACCUCGCAAGCGAUCGACCCAUCCACUACUCACCACCAUCAACACCCCAGAGUCCUUUCCUACACCUGCAAACCCUCCGACUAAAUUCCCUUCUUCCAGCAUCUAUACUCGCAUCCAUCCUCCCCCGGACACUCCAACUCUCAUCCCUGCGCUGGAAAAUCGCCCUUCCAGCCAAUACCCUCCAAACAACACUCUCCCACCUCUCACAAUCCCUCGUAUCACUGAACCUCUCCACGAAUCGCCAAACCUGGGUCUCGCACGAGAUACCCCCGCUCGAUUUAUCGGCUUUUGUAUGCCUGACGCACGUCGUUGCUAGCGCAGAGCUUUUCUUCACUCCACUGUCUCCCCAGAUCUCCAGAGACGGGUUUUUUGACUUACUCCCUUAUUCACUGAAAUCUAUCACGAUAUACCUCCCCUUCCAAAUCUCCCUCUUCUACAACCUCAGCCUCUCCCACGUCGACAAAGUAGGCCGCCAAGCCUUCCUCCGCGGGAAACUAGAUCCAAGUCUAUACAACUUCAUAGCUCAAAUCGCAGACCAGAAAAGAGAACGAUUCCCCAACUUGACAAAAGUAGAAUUACUAGAAGGCGUAGGAGGAAACAGAGGGCCAUUUGUGGAAGAAUCAUGGGUGCCACCACGGAAAGUCAGAGAGAAGUUCGAAGAAACGGGGACGGAGCUGAGGGUCGUUGUUAGGGCGGACAAGGUGCCGGGCAGGGAUGAGGGGUGGGUGCAUUGGAGGGGGUUGGGGCAGGGGUUUCGGGGGAGUGUUUGGUGA